GUCCUUGCAACAACUUUGCUAACUCGCAAUCAUGCCGAAAGACGCAGCACCAGAUGUCAUGCCCUCAUUGGUCAACACUGACCUCUUCAGCGUAAAGGGAAAGGUCGCAGUUGUCACAGGAGGAGCCACCGGAUUGGGCCUGAUGAUGGCUGCAGCCUUUGUGCAAAACGGAGCAAAAGUCUACAUCGCCUCGCGAAAGCUUGAGGACUUGAAGAAGGUCGCCGAGAAGCUGAAUGCCACUAGCCCCAACAAGGGUAGCGGCCCAGCUUGCAUCCCUGUCCAGGCCGACAUUGGCUCCAAAGCGGGCUGCGAUGCUCUAGCAAAGCACAUCAAGGACAAUGAGACGGAGUUGGACAUCCUGGUCAACAAUUCGGGUCUCACCUGGGGUGCACCUAUGGACGACUUUCCCGAGGACAAGGGAUGGGACAAGACUUUCCACUUGAACGUCAAGAGUCAGUUCUACCUGACUGUAGCGCUGCUGCCUCUGCUGGAGAAGAACAAGUCAAACACUAAGCCCGCUUCGGUGAUCAAUAUUGCCUCGACCGCCGCUUUUGUUCCUGUAGCAGAGUCAGGCCUCUCUGCGCCGGGCCAUGGUACUUGGAGUUACCAACCGUCAAAGGCCGCAUCCGUCCAUCUCACACGUACACUAGCCACGUCUCUCGCAGAGCGCUUCAUCCUAGUUAAUGCCAUCUGCCCAGGCGUCUUUCCGAGCCGCAUGACCGCCUUUGCCCUCAGCGAGAACAAGGAGGCAUUGGAGAGCAUCCAGCCCACUGGCCGAAUCGGAACACCGGAGGACAUCGGCGGUCUUGCCGUCUUCCUAUCGUCCCGAGCUGGCUCACACGUCACUGGGACGGCUACCGUGAUUGACGGAGGUAACUCGCUGCAGUUCAUGCCGCGGCUGUAGUGAGAGAAGGGAGAGGAAGCCGGAUACAACGGGAGCAUGGCAUGGGGGUCCCUCACGGCAUUGUUUUCAUCCUGUGCUCAAUUCGUUCGGUCACUUUCACUUUAUUCUGUUUGUGGAAUGGAUAUAUGUAAUUGCUCCAGUGACGA